AUGAUUCAUGGCCAGGACCUGCUGAUCAGCUGUGUCCAAUCACAGCCCAGAGCCCUGAGUUGACAAUCAACUUAGGGCUUUGUACAGUGGGAAUGAUCUCUCUGUUUCUCAUCCCUACAAAGCACAGUGUGCAAAGCAGUGUGCUUACAGUGAAGCACACACAGCCCCACAGUAAAACACACACAGUUAACCCUUUGAUCGCCCCACAUGUUAACCCCUUCCUGCCCAGUGCCAUUAGUAUAGUGUCAGUGCACUGAUCACUGUAUUGGUGUGACUGGGGAGUGACACCAAGUCAGUUCCCCCCAGUGUCAGAAUGCCCACCGCAGUCCCGCUAUAAGUUGCUGAUCGCCGCCAUUACUACUAAAAAUACA